AUGAAUUCUGAAUAUUACAAGGGCAAAGCAUUGUUGAUCAGUUUAUCCGCUUUAGAGGACAUAACGAAGUCAACCAGCUCGACAAACUUGUCACACUCGAGUCCCAAUCUUGACGUAGACAAUGGCGAAACCUCACAAACCCCUGACAAGAUUUUAGAGGACAUAAAGAGUAGUUGCGGCCCCAUUGAUCCCAGAUUAGAGUGGGGAUUGAGUCAACUUCCUGACACAUUGAGAAGAAUUGAACAGUUCGAAUCGGAGAAUCGAACAAAUAUACCCUUGCAACACAACAGCAAUUUUUUUUUACAACGAGUAGCGAUUUCAAUAGGGGGCACAGUGAGAAGUAAACACACUCAAGAAACAGACUUAUGCGGAAGCUGGGGCGGAUUGAGAAGAUCGCGGAAACGAUUGUCGUCUUCAUCGAAAGAGCUUCUUGAGAAAAUAUUUCUCGUCAAACAGUCACCAAACCGCAGAGAACGCGAGUUGAUUGCUGGAAAAUGCGGAGUGACACCCUUGCAGAUUAGGGUGUGGGUAUGUACUAGAUCGAAUCCUAUAUGUCAGGAAGCAACUUUAAAAAUAAAAGUACUAACUUAG